AUGGUCCUGGAAUGCUUCAGAGGUGUCAUCGAACAAAUCCGUCGUCGCCUUAGACCUCAUCGAGUGGCUCCGGGAGGCGAUGCGAUGAUGGCCGCCUACAGAGCCGAAUUCAGGCAGUUUGGCCCAAUGGAUCAACCACGUGGAAUCGAUGAGAAUGGGCGCUAUGUUGGGGAACCUGAGGAUGCUGUCGACAACAGACUUGCCGAGGUUGGAAUGGAAGAAGAAAUCGUAGGGCGUAGGGCGUGUAAGUUAGCUACAGCUUUUAAACUUUCAAUGGACGUAUAUGAGGACAUGUGCAACACAUAUGCACAAUAUUGGGUCGCUGCUCCGAGUUACUGUAGUACGAUGUUCUUCCACCACGAAUUGGCCCCGAUCGAGGAGGAAGAUUCCUUCGAGAUCGACGAGCUCAUGGAGCAAGGUGGACACGUGGAGCCGGCUGCCGAUACAAUUCCUCCUGCCGGUCACACAAUUGUCAAAAUCAUGCCGGUCGUCAAGAACGUCAUCCUCCCCACUGGCAACAAAUGGGAUUAUGAGGAGUGGACGACCGCUGACAUCUUGGACUGGCUCCAAAAAUUCCAUCAGGACCGAGACCUGACCGACAUCGUCGUCCAAAAAGGAAUCAAUGGAUCCCACCUCUACCGCUGCUUCCUCGAUCGGGCAUCCAGCAUGGCCUGGUGCCAGGAGGCCAAGAUCAGCCCCGGCACGGCUAUGAAGAUCCGGAUGACUCUUGGAAGAGUCCACAACAUCAUCUGCGGGUAUGAGCAGUAUGAUGGGAACUGA